CGAGCCGCAUCGUUUGGGAGGCGUAGCUUUCCACCAUGGCAGAUCUUACGCGUUCAGAAGAUCAACUUGGUGAAAAAUGGGAUCGUUGUCUUUCUGAUACGGCCCUCAAAAUAGCUGGUGGCCUCGGUCUAGGAAUCGUGUUCUCAGUUUUUCUCUUCAAACGACGGCCGUGGCCGAUAGCAUUUGGAAUAGGUACAGGCUUUGGUAUGGGUUAUUCAAACUGCCAACAUGACUUUAAUCAACCCUAUCUGCUGCAUGGUCAUCGCAUCCGGGUAAAGUCAACGCCGCCUGUGGAUGAAGAAACUACCACGCAAUGAGGCCCGGCGAUCCAGUCAUGUGCAAAAUUAGUGAUAAGAAAUUACAAUAGUCUAUCACAGACUCUUUUAUUGGAAUGACAGUGCAUCAUUGCUGACUAACUAACUAUACCUGUGUGUUGAUGCAUCACCUUUACCUAAGGAAAAUGCAUUUUGCUUGUAGUUGGUAGCAACGUCUGGAUGUUAUUGUUUUAUUAAAACUGAGUAUGCAAGAAUACUCUGGCUGCAAACAUUUGUGCGUGAAUCUUGUAGCGUUCUUAAAGAUGAUACAACGUCACACACAUACAUGUUUAUGUCUCAAUCGUUUUAGCCAUGUAAAUGUAGAAAACAUAUAAAACCUAGAUACAUGUACCAUUCUUGUCAGGGGUGGGAUGCGAUACUCUGUCAGGGUGCAUUAUAAGAAAUUUCUGGAUCUUGUGCAAAUGUCCCUUGUGAUUAUUUUUGCCUAGCCGCUCAUCAAGUUGCCCUAACACAGAGAGGUUAAGAUGUUGUCUAAAUGGUUCACGACCUAAGCCAUUAAUAUUAAUAGGCCUCAUGUCUAAUAAUUUUGUGACAUUUGUAUGAUAGUUAUUAUUACAAUUAUACUGUAAUAAAUUAAAACAGAAGGACAUGUUUUGUAUUUCACUCGUACGU